AUGCCGCAGCUGGAGGAGGUCUACAUUGUCUCGGCCGCCCGAACCCCCCAGGGCGCCUUCCGCGGUUCCUUGCGCGGCCUCUCUGCGAUUCAGCUGGGUUCGUGUGCAAUCAAGGGCACAAUCGAUCGUGCAGAGGGCAUUGACCCGAGCGCGGUGGAGGAAGUGUUUAUGGGAAAUGUUCUCUCUGCUGGUCUCGGCCAGAACCCAGCCCGACAAUGCGCCCUCGCCGCUGGCCUCCCCAACACCACCGUCUGCACCACCGUCAACAAGGUCUGCUCUUCGGGAAUGAAGGCAAUUACGCUGGCAGCCCAGACGAUUACCUCUGGCCAGGCAGACAUCGUCGUCGCCGGGGGCAUGGAGUCCAUGUCGAACGCGCCUCUGUACAUCCCCCCGAACGCAGGCCGGCAACAGGCGCUGAACGGGCUGCUCGUCGACGGACUGACUGAUGCGUACGGCAAGAGGCAUCACAUGGGGGUCAAGGCUGAAAUCUGCGCGUCGACCCAUCGCAUCCCGCGGGUCUUGCAGGACGAAUACAGUGUGGAGAGCUACGAGAAGGCGCAGACUGCACAACAACAGGGCUGGUUCAGCGAGGAGAUUGCGCCUGUUACCCUGGAUGACCAGCAGGUGGUGGACCAGGAUGAGCUUCCCGGCAAGCUCGAUCGAGAGAGGCUGCCGACCGUAAAGCCCGCAUUCCUCCCCAGCGGGGGAACCGUGACGGCGGCGAACUCGUCUCCUCUCAGCGACGGCGCCUCUGCGGUGCUUCUGAUGUCUGGGACGAGGCUGCGCGAGCUCUUGAUCCAACCGCUGGCCCGUCUGCGAGGCUGGGCCGACGCCGCCACCGACCCUUCCCAGUUUCCCACGGCGCCUGCACUCGCUAUCCCCAAGGCUCUCCGUCGGGCGAGCGCGACGCUGGAGGAGAUGGAUGGAAUCGAGAUCAACGAAGCGUUUGCGGUUGCGACCCUUGCGAACAUCCAGGUCCUGGGGAUCGACCGCGCCAAAGUCAACCAGCACGGGGGCGCGGUCGCUCUGGGCCAUCCGCUGGGUGCGUCGGGCAGUCGCAUUGUGGUGACGCUGCUGUCGGCGAUGAAGAGGAAAGGGGGCAAGCUGGGCUGUGCUGCGGUGUGCAACGGAGGAGGAGGCGCGAGCGCACUGGUCGUGGAGAUCAGCCAAAUGUAG